AUGGAUUUUGAACAAAGAUUAGAAGAAGUAGAACAAAAGGAUUCACCUCAUUUAGUCGGAUCAUCAUUAAGAUCAGCCGAUGAUUCAAUUCAUAAUAAUUAUAUUCAUCCUGAAAAAUAUCAAUCAUCAAAACAAAAACCAUCGAAAAAGAGACCAACUACUGAAAGAACUUCUUCUCAAUUAUUAAAUCCAUCAAUUGCUGCUUCUUUAGAUGAUUUAAUCAAUGAAGGUGCUUUGCUUGGUUCUGAAGAAGAUUUUGAUCGUUUCUUAGAACAAGAUGGUACUAUUAAAAGUGAAGUUAAAUUAUUAACUAAGCAAGAUGCUGAAUCAACAAAACCAUCUAUUCAACAAAAGGAGGUAGAUGAUUCCAAAAAGGAAAAUCAAGAAGUGAUUGAAAAACCAAAACAACAAGAAGACAUUGAAUCUGAAAGACCAUCAGGUCCUUCUCCUGCCCAAAGUUUUGGAGUUGGAAAUGUUGGAGCUGCAAGUGUUGGAGUUAGUGAUGCUACUGCUGAUGCCGCUUUCUAUUCAAAUCCUAAUUUAUCUGAAUAUCAAUUAGAACAUCAAAUUAAAGAUCAUUCUGAAUUAUUGCAAAAUGUUCAAUCUCAUGAUCUUGAUAAAUUACCCCGUUCUUUUGACGCCUUAGCUAGCCAAAGAGGAACACCUGGAAGUUCAUUUAGUAAAUCAAAUACCGCUAGUGGUAUUGCAACUCCAAUUUCCAAACCUCCAAUUAAACCACUUGCUGAGGGAUUAGUACACAUGGAUAAGACUAUGCACGCCCCUUAUUUACAUACUGAAAGAGCAGGAUCUAGAUCUAGAUCAGCUAAUCCUUCUUCAAAAAAUGCUGGUGAAAGAUCAUCUUCAAGAACUUCACCUUCUACUAGACAAUUGAAACCUCAUUUAGCUCGUGGUGAUUCAUACAAGAAUACUAAUCGUGAAGAACCUUCCAAUUAUGAAUUGCCUCCCGAUUUUGCCGGUACUGACUCACCAGCUAAUGCCACUGCUGCAACUUCAACUUCUCAAUUGAGUAGCACUACCGAAGAAGAAUCUGUCCAUGAAUACGGAGUACAAGAAGCAGUAGUAGAAGAAGACGAGGAAGAGGAUGACAGACGUUCUAGACGUUCCAGACCAACCAUGAGAGAAUCUGUAGCUAGAGCAGAAGCACUCCAAGCCGAAGCUGCAGCUGCCGCAGCAGGUACAACUGGAAUCUAUUCUCCAAGAAGAACCCCAAUCGCCUCUGCUCCAAAAUUCGGAGUUGGAGAUUAUGAUGAACACCCCUUAACCAGAGAUCCAAGUUUAGUCACCACUGGUGAUUAUGUGAAUUUUGAAGUUGAUAAUCCAAGAAAUAAUUUACCUGCCACUGGGAAUUUGUAUGCUGCUAGAUCGGCGUCGGCCACGAAUUAUUUACGUACCAUUUCCCGUUCUCGUUCAAGAGCAAGAGAAAGAUCUCAGACUAGGGAUGGGAAUGUAACUGUAUCGGGUCCAACUGGUGGUAUUACUGGUAGUGAACUUGAUGGGAAAAAUGAUGCCAAUGUUGAUAAUUUGGUGAGUGGUGGGGCGUUGAUUAGUGAUGACCCGUAUGUAAGUAUUGAUAAAUUGGAUAGUAUGGUGGAGGAAGUCUUACUGGGGAUGGGAAAUAAGAAUGAGGGUUCGGAUGUGCAUGAGAUUGAAAAUAUUCAAGAAGAGGAUGAACCGAAGGAUGAACAAGAAGAUGAGGAUGGUUCAAAAAAAGAAAAGAUUCAAGAUUCUGUUGUGUCUGAAGAAGUGGAAGUUCCAGAAGAGGAAUCUAAAAAGGUUGAAUUGACUGAAUCAGAAUCUAAAGAAGCUGAACCUGAACAAAAAAAGGGAGCAGAAAUAAAAGAUGAAUCAGUUGUCGAAGAAGAAGAUGUUGAAAAUGAAGAUACAAAACAAGCAGGAGAACCUUCUAAUGAAGAUGACGAAAUUGAAACUACUGGAUAUGCUACUGCACUUGAAGAACCGCUUGAUUCAGCAAAACUGGUUGACGAUACUAAAGAAGAUAAUGAAGAAGAAGUGAAAGGUGCCAAAGAAGAAGAAGAAAAGCAAGAAGUAGCAAAAGAAGAUACGGUUCAGAAAGAUGUCGAAGGGGAAGUCAAGGCAGAACCAGAAGUUGAAGAAAAGUCUGAAGAAGCCAACGUAGAACCAAAAAUUGAAGAAGCGUCUGAAAAGCCCAAGGCAGCAGAAGAAGAUAAGGAAAAACUGGUAAAGGAAGAAGUUCCCCUCGAAGAAGAACCAAACAAGACCGACGCCGCACCAGAUGCCGACGAUUCUAUUGACGACUUGGAAAUUUCUCCGGAAGAAAUUCGUAAACACCUCGAAUCGCAACCAAUCUAUCUUUUCACUUCGUUAGCAGGUGGGAUGCAAAUCACAAAUAGAACAAACCGAUUAGUUACAAUCUUAACUGGGAAUGGAAUCAAAUUUACAUAUCGUGAUUUAGGUACUGAUGAAGAAGCUAAAAAGAUUUGGAGAAGAUAUGGGCAAGGAAAAACCUUACCUGGGGUUGUUAGAGGUGAUGAUGUGAUUGGAAAUUGGCAUGAUAUUGACGAAGCUAAUGAAGAGUAUAGAUUGAAUGAAUUGUUGUAUGAAACCUUAUAG